AUUGUGAUUCUGGGGCUUACGCUUUACUGGAGUUGGUGCGGAGUGAGCAGGAUCUAUGGACAGAAAUGCACAUCUAUCAGCGCUUUUAUGGAUUGUAUUCUCCUACCUUCGUGGAUUUCCAAAAUAUGAAUUGAUGUCGUCGUUUAAAGUCGAGGAAUUUCGUCUUGAAAUUAAGGCCAGGUAUAUAGCUACGAAGUUGUGAAAUAGUUCCCUUGAAGUUUUUCCUCAGGGCUGCGAAGCGAAUUUCCAGUUUCCUAUUCGACUACUACACCAGCCAUCAUAUGGCGAGGCGAGUAGGGGGAGAAGGAUCCGUGAUUUUAACACGAAUUCCAUCCACGGUUUGGAAUAAGAGCUCGAGACUCCACUGGUGUAACUUCAUGGCUGUUUUUUGGAGCUCUGUGGCAGUAUUGUCGCUUCUAUGUUGUGGAUUUUGUGGCGCUGAAACGGAGUUUUCGAUCUUGGAGGAGGCACAAGUUUUAGCCGUACAAAUGAAAAAACUGUCCUCGCAGGAGCUUGGAGUCUUCACCAUGCAGAGAAUCUUCAACUCGUUUGUGUACACAGAGAAGACCUCAAACGGAGAGACGGAAGUACAGCAGCUUGCGAAGAAGAUCCGCGAGAAGUUUAACCGUUACCUGGACGUGGUGAACAGGAACAAGCAGGUGGUGGAGGCAUCCUACACGGCCCACCUGAUCCCCCUCACCGCCAUCCAGGACUGCUGCACCAUCCCGCCCUCCAUGAUGGAGUUCGACGGUAACUUCAACACCAACGUGUCCAAGACCAUCUGCUGUGACCGGCUGUCCCCCACCGUCAACAGUCGAGCCUUUAACCCUGGACGGGACCUCAACUCAGUGUUGGCAGAUAACCUGAAGUCCAACCCGGGCAUCAAAUGGCAGUACUUCAGCUCAGAGGAGGGCAUCUUCACUGUGUUCCCCGCCCACAAGUUCCACUGCAAGGGCAACUACGAGCACCGCUGCAGGCCAGUGUACGUGUCGGCGGUGCGGCCCCAAUCGAAACACAUCGUGGUGAUCAUCGAUCACGGCGUGACCAUUACAGACACACAGCUGCAGAUCGCCAGAGACGCUGCGCUCGUCGUCCUCAGCUCCGUAGAUGAACAUGACAAGGUCUCGAUCCUGUCCUCAGCGGAGGCGGUGCGGUCCUGUUCACUGGACCCGUGCUAUAAGAGCUACCUGUCUCCUGCCACCAGCGAGACCAAGAGGAAGAUGAGCACCUUCGUCAACAACCUCAAGGCUUCCGACAGUCCUACCCUGCACGCACUGGGCUUCCAAAAGGCCUUCCAGCUGCUCCGGAACACCAGCAAUAUCACCCGCCAACUCACCAAUACGGACAUGGUGAUCAUCUACCUGUCGUCUGGCAUCACGUCCCGAGACGCGUCGGAGCAUGAGAAGAGGGACACCCUGCGCGUGGUCAAAGAGGAGAACCGUCACCUCAACAACUCAGUCAUGAUCCUCACCUACGCCCUCAUGAACGAGGGCGUGACCGGUCUGAAGGAGCUGGCGUUCCUGCGUGACCUGGCGGAGCAGAACUCGCUGAAGUACGGCGUGCCCGACCGCUCGCCGCUGCCGGUGGUGAAGGGGAGCAUGAUGGUCCUGAACCAGCUCAGUAAUCUGGAGACCACCGUGGGACGCUUCUACAUCAACCUGCCCAACCGCAUGAUUGACCUGGCCCGCUUCAGCCUGUCCUACCAGGACACCAUGGGAGACGGUUUCAUCAUGACGGCGAGCCGGCCAUGUUACUUUGGCAACCUGUUGCUAGGCGUGGUGGGAGUAGACGUGAACCUGGCCUACAUUCUAGAGGACGUCACCUACCACCAGGACUCCUUGGCCUCCUACACCUUCCUCAUAGACAACAAAGGUUACACCCUGAUGCACCCGUCCCUCACACGGCCCUACCUGAUGACCGAGCCUCCGCUGCACACUGACAUCAUCCACUAUGAAAACAUCCCAGGGUUCCCCGUAGUACGGGACAACAUACUCCGUCUGCCCCUGGGCAGUCAGGUGAUAGCUGUGCCCACCAACUCCUCUCUGUCCUGGCACACCAACCGGCUACGAGACCCCAGCAGGGAGGCCUACAACGUCAGCUACGCAUGGAAACUGGUCCAGGACACAUCGUUCAUCCUGUGCAUAGUGUACGUCCAGCCAGAGAUCCCAGUGAAACACCUGAAGAACCUGAACACUGCUCCCAGCUCCAAGCUGCUCUAUCACCGCCUGGACCUGCUGGGACAACCCUCCUCCUGUCUGCACUUCAAACAGCUGGCCACCGUCGAGAGCCCUACGGUGAUGCUGUCUGCAGGGAGUUUCUCCUCUCCCUACGAGCACCUCAGUCAGCCAGAGACCAAACGCAUGGUGGAACACUACACAGCCUACCUCAGUGACAACACACGCCUCAUAGCCAACCCUGGCCUUAAGUCGUCGGUCAGGAACGAGGUGAUGGCGACCAGUCACGUCACAGAUGAAUGGAUGACACUCAUGGAGAUGAGUAGCCUCAACUGCUACAUUGUGCGCCGUUACAUAGCAACGCCCAAUGGGGUGCUGCGGAUUUACCCCGGCUCGCUAAUGGACAAAGCUUUCGACCCAACCCGGAGACAAUGGUACCAGCACGCUGUAGCCAACCCAGGCCUCAUCACCUUCACUGGGCCUUACCUGGAUGUGGGCGGGGCUGGCUACGUGGUCACCAUCAGCCACACCAUCCACGCCUCAAGUUCUCAGAUGGCCCCAGGGUAUGCGGUAGCCGUGAUGGGCAUAGACUUCACCCUGCGUUACUUGUACAAGGUUCUGCUGGACCUGCUACCCAUCUGCAACCAGGACAAGGGUAACAAGAUCCGGUGUUUCAUCAUGGAGGACAGGGGUUACCUGGUGGCCCACCCCACCCUCAUCGACCCUAAAGGCCACGCCCCCGCCGAACAGCAGCACAUCACCCACAAGGAACCGCUGGUGGCCAACGACAUCUUGAACCACCCCAACUUUGUCAAGAAGAACCUCUGCAACAGCUUCAGUGACCGCACGGUCCAGCGCUUCUACAAGUUCAACAGCAGUAUCAUUGGCGACCUGACGAACCUGGUCCACGGGAGCCACUGCUCCAAGUACCGUCUGACCCGUAUCCCAGGGACCAACGCUUUCGCGGGCAUCGUCAAUGAGACGUGCGACUCGCUGGCUUUCUGUGCCUGCAGCACGGUGGACCGCCUCUGUCUCAACUGUCACAGGAUGGAGCAGAAUGAGUGUGAGUGUCCAUGUGAGUGCCCCCUGGAGGUCAAUGAAUGUACUGGCAACCUUAGCUACGCUGAAAACAGGAACCCCAGCUGCGAGGUGCACCAGGAGCCCCUGUCUCUGACGGUGAUGGACUCCAGUCUGCAGGACACCCUGCCCCAGUGUAUCAACACCCGCUGCAGCCAACGCUUCACCAGCAGUGACUGUUUUGGCGUGCUGGACUGUGAGUGGUGCAUGGUGGACAGUGAUGGGAAGACCCACCUGGACAAACCUUACUGUGCCCUGCAGAAAGAGUGCUUCGGGGGCAUCGUGGGGGCCAAGAGCCCUUACAUGGACGGCAUGGGGAUGCUGGAUGAAGAGGUAGUGUCUCUGAACAUGAUGAAGAGUGCCCCGGUUGGGCCGGUUGCCGGGGGUAUUAUGGGCUGCAUCAUGGUGCUGGUGUUGGCUGUCUACGCCUACAGACACCAGAUCCACCGACGCUCACAUCAACACAUGUCCCCUCUGGCUGCACAGGAGAUGUCCGUCAGGAUGUCUAACCUGGAUAACGAGAGAGACGAGAGAGACGAGGACAGCCACGAAGACAGGGGGAUCAUCAGCAACACCCGGUUCAUCGCGGCGGUGAUCGAGAGACACACCCACAGCCCUGAACGCCGGAGGAGGUACUGGGGACGGUCAGGGACGGAGAGUGACCACGGCUACAGCACCAUGAGUCCUCAGGAGGACAGCGAGAACCCUCCCUGCAACAACGACCCCCUGUCGGCCGGCGUGGACGUGGGUAACCACGACGAUGACCUGGACCUGGACACGCCCCCUCAGACGGCGGCGCUGCUCAGCCACAAGUUCCACCCGUACCGCCACCCGCCUUACCACCACCCGCUCCACACGCACCGCCUGCAGGCGGCCGUCACCGUGCACAGUGUGGACGCAGAGUGCUGAUCCUAAACCUCCAUUCCCGUCCCCCCCCCAGGCCUGGGCUCUCCUCCACCCCCCACCGGGCCUCUUCCUCCACCUGGCUACGCCUCGCUACAUUGGCGGGGUCCCUGACAUGCAAUGCUACCACUACCGUCACCUCCAGACUCCACCACCAUGUAGGCUCCCACUGGGCCCAACCAGGGUGAGGGGAGGUGGGCUGAGAGAGAAUAGGGCAGACCCCCCUUCCACCCCCGCUGGAAGUUUCCUUCGAAGAUCAUACACUGUAGGAGAAACACUAGCCCCUGUGAGCUCAGCUCAGAACGUGGGGGGGGGUGAGAUGCAGCUGCUGGCCUUAUUCUAAAAGGGUCUGAACUUGUUUAAAAGUGUAAACAAAGGAUCCACAAUGUUUAAGAAGACAGCGAUAAAAAAGGAAGGAUUAUUAAAGGAUUAUUUUUCUACUAUUUAUUGAACCGGAUUUGAGAUGGAUCAGAGUAGAGACUGACCGUGUGGCUGGAGCUGAACUGAAAGGACUCUGGUCGCUAAGGUAACCAGAGUGGCUGAUCAUGGACCACAGAGAGCCUCUCCUGCACACUGCCCUCGCUUUCUGUCGAGGAUGCAUCGAGGCAGUGGUUAUUCACGCUAUCGUUUUGAUUAUUUUCAGUUGAGAAUCAGAAGUCGUUGUGAAGAUAAACUCUUUGCGAUAACUGGACGAGCUGAAUAGAAGACAUUGAGAAACCCACCCACUUGUCUGAACUAGAUGUGUCGUACUCCGAUCACCUGGCCUACCGUCAGUCACUGGGGCUGCUGUAUGACUGAAUAAGGAAGGGGCAUGUAAGGACCCUGGCAGAAUGACUCAGACACAGGAAGUACAGUGCCCAUGCUUUGGUGUCCUGUUAUCUGCCUGAAAAGAAAGGUAUGAUGAGGCUUGGUGGAAUUGGUUGGUCUGUCUUCGGAAUUCACACCGGCAUCUGGACCUGGUUGACUAAGCUAUGGCUCUCUCUGUCUCUAUGCCUGAGUGGGACCUACUAGUGUUGAACAGAGGUGUGUGUGUGUGUGUGAGAGCGAGAGCUGUUGUGGCUGCAUCCAUUUUUAUGUUCCUUUUGCGGUCAAUUAAUUAAAACAGUCUUCUGUACACUCUGCGUGUGCUAGUCAUGGUGUGUGUGUGUGUACACUCUGCGUGUGCUAGUCAUGGUGUGUGUGUGUGUACACUCUGCGUGUGCUAGUCAUGGUGUGUGUGUGUGU